AGGCCUUGGCCUUUGUAAGCCGCAUCGAGUCCUUCGGGAGAUGCUAGCGGGGUACAAAUAAAGUUUAAUAAUAAUAAUAAUAAUAAUAAUAAUAAUAAUAAUAAUAAUCCCGAGGCCAUCUAGCCUUAGGGAGGUCCUCCUAGGGGUGGGCUCGAUGGCUUCUGGAAGGUCCUCGCCCUUGAUGCUGAUGGCCACCUUGCCUGUCACCCAACAGCUUCUGCUGCCAUUGCCGGGAUGUUCCUGGGGAAGUGUGAGGAGGAGCUGGUAUCGCUGCGCAAGGAAGGCGAGGUGGAGGGUGUGACGGAGGGGAUCCCUGAGGGAGAUGCGGAGGGGCUGGAGCCCCCCAAGAAGAAGCACCGGCGCAACCGCACCACCUUCACUACCUACCAGCUGCACGAGCUGGAGCGCGCCUUCGAGAAGUCCCACUACCCGGACGUCUACAGCCGCGAGGAGCUGGCCAUGAAGGUCAACCUGCCUGAGGUCCGCGUCCAGGUGUGGUUCCAGAACCGUCGGGCCAAAUGGCGUCGGCAGGAGAAGAUGGAGUCAGGGGCGUCCCGGCUGCAUGAGGCACCGCUGCUCUCCUUCGGGCGCUCCCCGCUGGCCCCAGGAGUGGGGCCCCUCCCCCUGGACCCCUGGAUGCCGGCCCCCUCGGGGCCCCCGGGCGGUGCCCUCCCCGGCCUGGCGGGCUUCAUGGGCCCUGGGCAGGGCCUCCCCUCCCCGGCCUAUGGGCCCCUCCCCUUCUUGAACGGGCCACAGCCGCUGCCCCAGAGCAUGGGGGGCUUCCCCUGCACCGCCGUGGGGGGCUCGCCCUUCCCACUGGAGGAGGCUGACCAGCGCAGCUCCAGCAUUGCCGCCCUGCGCCUCAAGGCAAAGGAGCACAUCCAGACCAUUGACAAGACCUGGCAGCCCAUCUGAGCAGGACUCGGGGGACAAGGGUCGGCAGGCCCUGCCCACCAUGGCGGCCCGGGACAGUUUGGGCCUCGGUAAAACCAGACAC